AUGAUGUCGACUCAAUUUCCAUCCCUCAAGCGGGCCCAGACGGACCUUCCCUCCCAGUCCACCAGCCCAUUACGACACGGGUCGACAGCGUCCACAAACUCAUCUGCAUAUUCCGUCGCAUCAAGUACAUUUGCUCCUAGUAGGACUAGCACUGUCUCCUCUAAUGCGUCGAUAUCACACAAUUUGGGUCACUCCCGAGGGAAGAGUGAGGCAAGUAGUAUGAGCUCAGCAACGACUGUUACAGACGCAAUGGAACGAGGAAAUUGGACAAAUGCUGGUACAGCGUACGACAAUAUUCGCCGAUCUCUACGACCACUACAACAAGCCCCUAAUACAUCAUCCUCAACCGCGAAUACUGGCGGGUAUCGACAUUCACGAAGCCAAACAAUUGGUGAACCACGACCGUGGAAGGACUAUCGACCCGCCACCCCCGAAUCCCGUCAUCUCAAUCUUCAAGAGAACCAGUCUCCGCGUCAUCAAGCACUCGCCUACGAAUCCCAGAGCCCUCCACCGCCCACCUCUCCUCGCCACUGGUCUAAUGUGCCCGGAACUUCGCGUCCUUCGUCUCCCCAAAAGACAGCUCCUCACAGUUCUCAUCCUCCGCAGCUGACUGCUGCACUCUCCGCACCCGAGCUUGAAGGAUUGCAAAAAUCAUCCACGGGUCAUCUCAGAACUCUCUCGAAGUUUGCACAGUCUGGCGAAAACGAAUUUGGUGCGGCCGCAGCCUCUGUGGUGGGCUUGCAAGGCCGACGACGUCUUAAGCGAGCGGGAUCAGUAGCCGGAAGAAAUGGAGCAGUAUCUCCCGAAAAGCCGAAGGCAUCCUCAUGGGCGGCCGGGAAUUGGAUGGACCAGCAGCGACAAUUCAUCCAAGCAUACGAGUAUUUGUGCCAUAUCGGAGAAGCCAAACAGUGGAUUGAAGACGUCAUUCAAAAGCAAAUCCCGCCAAUCGUUCAGCUGGAGGAAGGACUGCGAGACGGCGUCACUUUGGCGGAGGUGGUGCAAGCAAUGUACGCGGGCAAAACCCUUCGCAUUUUCCGACACCCCAAGUUACAAUAUCGCCAUUCAGACAACAUCGCUUUGUUUUUCCGAUUCCUCGAUGAGAUAGAGUUGCCAGAGUUGUUCCGAUUCGAACUCAUUGACUUGUAUGAAAAGAAGAACCUCCCCAAGGUCAUACACUGUAUUCAUGCGUUGUCAUGGCUGCUCUUCAAAAAUGGCAUGCUGGACUUCCGCAUGGGUAAUCUGGUUGGCCAGCUUGAGUUUGAACAUCACGAACUUGAGAAAACCCAAAAAGGACUGGACAAGGCCGGUGUGAGCAUGCCUAGCUUUGCGGGUAUGGCUGCAAACUUUGGCGCGGAGCCUGAACCCGAGCCUGAGCCCGAGCCUGUUGAAUCAGAGGAGGAUCGUAUUGAUCGAGAAAUGCACGAGAAUGAAGCCUCAAUCUGCGAGUUCCAGGCUCAGGUCAGGGGAGCUAUGUUGCGUUUACAGCUGGGCAACACGAUGAACGACCUUUGGGACUUUGAACCCCUCCUCAUUGAGCUACAGUCACGUCUGCGCGGAGAUUGGGCCCGACAGAUUAGUGAAUACCGGUUAAGUAUGCUCCAGUUUGCAGUUGGGCUGCAGGCUAUUAGCCGAGGCUUCAUUGUACGUCGCGGUCAACAAGGCGACAAGCAAUGGCGACAAUCUCAGGAAACGGAUGUUCUGGACUUACAGAGCCUGAUUCGGGGGUCCAGGGCUCGCGCCCAGGCUAGUCACCUACAAACUCGCGCACGCCAAGAAGACUCGGGCAUCAAGCAGAUCCAGGCCGCGAUAAGAGGUGCAUUGCAGCGCAUGAAUGUUGGCGACCAAUACGAACAGUCUCGACAUGCUGAAAAUGAUGUGGAGUCACUUCAAGCUUUCAUUCGCGGCGCCUUGCAACGCAAGCAGAUGGAUGCUCAAUCCCACGAGCUGAAACAAGUUGGCAAUUCUGUCAAAUCGCUCCAGGCUGCCAUCCGUGGUACCUUGCAACGAAGACAUAUGAAUGCUCAGUCUCAAGAAGUGAAGCAGGUUGGCAGUUCCGUCAAGUCGCUCCAGGCUGCCAUCCGCGGUACCUUGCAACGAAGAGAGAUGAAUGCUCAAUCUCAAGCGGUGAAGCAGGUUGGCAGUUCCGUCAAGUCGCUCCAAGCUGCCAUCCGUGGCACCUUGCAGCGAAGACAGAUGAAUGCUCACUCCCACGAGGUGAAGCUUAUUGAAACACCCGUCAAGUCGCUGCAGGCGGUUAUUCGAGGGUCGAUUGCCCGUCAAAAUUUGUCUCAGAUGAAGGUCCUACUCAACAAUGAAGCGCCCCAAAUGAUCUGUAUUCAAUCUACCAUCAGGGCUCUGAUUGCCAGAGAACGCCAAACCCUGCUGCUGGACGCACUAGAAGAAACCGAAAACGAGUGUGUUGCACUACAAGCUAUCGCGCGGGCCGCUGCUGUAAGAAAAAGCACUUCAGCCAUUCGCACCGAGCUUGCGGAACAUGUAUUGCCAGUGAUCGACCUGCAGUCUAUUCUCAGGGGGCAAGCUCUGAGAGAAUCAUUGGAUGUCCAGAGGACCGCAUUGUUCGAGGAAGAGCCUUCUAUCUUGGAACUCCAGUCCCGAUCCCGUGGCGCCCUUCACAGGAAUUAUCUACUUGCACAGCGAGACGAACUAGAGCAAGAAGAACAUGCCAUUGUUGAUUUGCAAGCCCUUGCCCGUGCUGCUAUCUCACGAAUGGAGGUAGGCGAUAUAUUGUCUCGCCUUGAGGAGAGUGAGGAAGAAGUUGUUCAACUCCAAUCUUUAACUCGGGCAAUGCUUGCACGAGUUGAAGUUGGUGAGAUCCUGACUGAUCUUGAGGUAGAGGAGGACUUUAUCACGGACUUCCAAGCACGGAUUAGAGGACUCAUUGUCUGCAACCGCUUCGAGGAAAGACGUCAACAUUAUAAUGAAAACAUGGAGAAAGUCAUCAAGGCCCAGAGUGUUAUUCGAGCCCGCAUUCAAGGCCAGGCUUAUAAGAGCCUAACAAGCGGAAAGAACCCACCUGUUGGAACUGUCAAGGGCUUCGUGCAUCUUCUCAAUGACAGCGAUUUUGACUUUGACGAAGAGAUCGAGUUCGAGCGCCUGCGAAAGGUGGUUGUCCAACAAGUGCGACAAAACGAGCUUGCUGAACAAUAUAUCAGUCAACUUGAUAUCAAGAUUGCUCUCCUUGUCAAGAACAAAAUUACUCUGGAUGAAGUCGUCAAGCAUCAAAAGCACUUCGGUGGCCACAUUGGCAACUUGCUAUCCAACACUGAGAUUUCUUCCAAGGAUCCAUACGAUCUCAAAGCUCUUAACAAGACCUCAAGGAGGAAGUUGGAUCAGUAUCAGGUGUUUUUCUUCCUUCUGCAAACCCAAUCACAGUACCUGGCUCGCUUGUUCCGGCGAUUGCGCGAGAUCAACACCUCGGACAAGGAAUAUGAGCGGAUCCGGCACUUGAUGAUGGGUCUCUUUGGAUACUCCCAGAAACGACGCGAGGAGUAUUAUCUUAUUAAGCUCCUGGCACGAUCCGUCAAGGAGGAUAUUGAAAGCUUCACAUCUCUUCCUGAAUAUUUGCGCUGCACCUCCUUCUGGAACAAGCUUUUCGCCUCAUAUGCCAAGUCAUCACGCGACCGGAAGUUCAUGCGCGACGUCUUGGGGGCUGUUGUAAAGGAGUCUGUGAUCGAUAAUCCGGACCUUGAUUUGGAGAGUGACCCGAUUCAAAUCUACCGUUCCGCAAUCAACAACGAGGAGCUCCAAACGGGCCAGCGAAGUCGCCGACAACCGGAUCUCCCCAGAGAAGAGGCGAUCAGAGACCCUGAAACCAGAGAGACAUUCAUUCAACAUUUGCAAGAUCUUCGUGACAUUGUUGACCAAUUAUUCUUGAGCUUUGAGGACUUCCUGUACCGCAUGCCAUUCGGUAUCAGAUAUCUGGCACAGCAAAUGUAUCAAAAUCUACUCGAGAGAUUCUCUGGUGAGGACCCGGGAUUCAUUCUUCAGACGGUCGGCCACUGGGUAUGGAAAAAUUACUUCCAGCCUGCUGUGCUGGAGCCAGAGAAGUAUGGUGUGAUCGAUCGAGGCCUCACCCAAGAACAAAAGCGAAAUCUUGGAGAAAUUUCAAAGGUUGUUGCUCAGAUUGCAUCUGGCAGACUCUUUGGGGCGGAGAAUGUCUAUCUCCAGCCGCUCAACAACUACAUUGGAGAGUCAAUCCAGCGCUUAGGGCGUAUCUGGGGCCAAAUGAUCUCAGUCCAGGAUGCAGAGGCUUAUUUCGACAUCGAUGAAUUCAACGAUCUCUAUGCCAAGGCCAAGCCUACCCUGUACAUUAAGAUGUCUGACAUCUUCUCAAUUCACCAGCUUGUGGCCUCUGAGAUUAACUAUAUGUGCCCCCACCAUGAUGACUUCCUCAAGGAACUUGUGCGAGAACUUGGCAGCGUCAAGAGUAACGAGAACGAAUUGAUGGGGGUCAGCUCUACCGAGAUCAAUCUCACAUUGAAUCCCAAGCUGGCCCAGGUUGAAGACCCCGAAGCAGAUAUGAAGACGCUCUUUAUGGAGACUAAGCGCUGCAUCCUCUACAUCAUCCGAGUCCAAAGCGGUGCCAACCUAAUGGACGUCAUGCUCAAAUCACCGACAGCCGAAGAUGAAGAGCGGUGGCACACUUUGGUUCGAGAAGAACUGAACACCAACAACCCUCGCCGAGGCGCCUACUCUGAAGCUAAUAGCUUAAUUGACAUCAGUGCCAUGAGCUAUGCUGAGCUCAAGGGCAUUGCACUCGAAAAUAUCCUUCGGCUUGAACAGAAUGGCAAGAUCAAUCGUCACAACCAUUAUCAGGAUUUGCUGAACGCCAUCGCCAUCGAUAUCCGCACCAAGCAUCGUCGGAGAAUUCAGCGAGAGCGUGAACUGGAGGGUGCUCGGCUGACCUCCCAGAGACUCAGCGGCCAAGCUGUCUACCUGGAAGGGCAGCUCAAGACAUACAACGACUACAUUGAGCAGGCAAUGAUCACGCUACAGAACAAGAAGGGAAAGAAGCGAUUCCUAAUGCCGUUCACCAAACAAUGGGAUCAUCAACGAGAGCUGCAAAAAUCUGGCAAGGUCUUCAAAUUUGGAUCCUACAAAUACUCUGCGCGCACUCUGGCGGACCGAGGUGUUCUGGUUGCCUGGAAGGGCUACGCUGAGCGGCAGUGGGAUCGGGUCGACUUGACCAUCUCAAGUAACGAAGUUGGUGUAUUUACCAUCGAUGGGAGCAGCGGUGUCAUGAUGAUUCCCGGCGCCAAUGCACAGGUACCGCUGGACGACUUGCUGCAAGCUCAGUUCAACAACACGCAAUUCAUGGACUUCUUUGACGGACAGAUGCGGGUCAAUGUCAACCUUUUCUUGCAUUUGAUCAUGAAGAAGUUCUAUAAUGAGUGA